GACAGUGCAAGGCCCACUCCUGUGGCCAUGCAAUCCAGGGAUGCUGCAGCUCUGUUGUGUUCAGAGAUAUGUGCCCUGGGGCCUGGGCCUCCCCCAGGGUCACUGGGACACUUGCUGGCCAAAGGGUGGCUGAGUGGAGAGUGCUUCCCACCCCGACCCCCCCGGGAGCAUUCCUGGCUUCCUCCAUGCCGUCCCCCUCCCCUUGCUGCUCGCCUGCUGAGCAUGGCCAGUCUGCUGCCAGGCACUAUGGGCGCUGGAGAAUAGGUGGACGUGAGCCUGUGCAUCUCUGAGUUCUGGGCCGAGCGUCCCUGGAAAGUCCGAGGAGCCUGUGGAGUGGGCUCCCAGGGUGGGGUGGGGGGCAGGACAGCUUCAGAUUCCAGCCCAGUCCCGGCAAGUCCUGAUGACUCAGGCGGAGGGCACUGUGACAAGUUCAUGGUGGCCACCAGGGGUGUCCACGCACCGACCAGGGGUGCAGUCCAGCCUAAGCCCCUGGAGACCGGGACCCCAGCCUCAGCCCCUCCACGCCCCUCGCGCAAUCUCUGCGCAGGACCGCAGGGCUGGUCGCGAGCGGAGGGACAGGAGGCGGAGCAGCGACCUUGCAGCGACCCCGCACUCCGCCGCAGGGGAAAUCCCGGAGGCCCCCGGGAGGGGGCGGCGGGGCGGGGCGGCCCGGGCCGCAGUGACCUUCACGCGUCCCCGGCCGCGCGGGUCGCCGGCCGCCCUCAGUCCCGGGCCCAGCCCCCUCGCCGCAGCCGCGCCCACUGUCCUGGGGUGGGGGUGGGGGGUCUCUCGACCACUGUCCCACGAGAAUGACCGGCGUGGCUCUUUCUGCGACUCUCUUACGCUGAAAAAUAGUCGCCGCCGCAGUUCCCCGGGCGCCACAUGGACCCUGCCGGCCGCCCCGCGCGCCGCCGCUGACAGCCCGCCAGUCCGCGCACCGGCAGGGAAGGCUGGCUUCUCUGAGCUGGGCCCCCUGAGCGGUGAGGACCCUCUCAUCUCUGCAGUAGCAGCUGAAAGCUGGCUUCAGAAAACCCCGGGGUCGGGCAGAGGACUCCUGGCCACACGUGCAUGUAAGAUCUGACCCCACAACCCCUGGAGGAGCUGCUAAGGAAUCAAAGCCAUCGUCAUGGAG